UAAACCCUACACUUGUCUCCUCCUCUUUAUCUCUCCUUGCUUCUCUCAUCCUCCACCGCCACAAUCUUUCAGACAGAAGCAGGAGAGAUUCUUCCAAUGCCUUCAUUAGCUUUAUCCGACAAGAAGAAAGAGGAGAAGAAGAUGAAGAAGAAGAUAGAUUUGGAGACGACGACUCCAGAGCAGCAGGACUCGAAGAAGAAAGGGAAGAAGCUGAAACUCUCAGAUUCCGAUGGAGAAGAGUCUGAUAAGAAGGAGAAGGAGAAGAAGAAGAGUAAGAAGAAGCGCAAGUCUUCAGAGGUAGACGAAGAAUCAGAGGAAGAGAAGAAGAGCAGCAAGAAGGUGAAAGUCGAUAACCCUAACGCCGUCUCCAACUUCCGUAUCUCUGAUCCCUUGAAGGACAAGCUUAAGGAGAAGGGUAUCGAGGCUCUCUUCCCGAUUCAGGCGACAACGUUUGACAUGGUUCUCGAUGGUGCUGAUCUGGUCGGAAGGGCUCGUACUGGUCAGGGUAAAACAUUGGCUUUUGUGUUGCCUAUACUGGAGUCAUUGAUCAAUGGGCCUGCUAAGAGCAAGAGGAAGAAUGGUUACGGCAGGGCACCAAGUGUUUUGGUUCUUUUACCAACCAGAGAAUUGGCCAAGCAGGUGUAUGCUGACUUUGAAGCAUACGGAGGAUCCGUUGGGUUAACUUCUUGCUGUGUCUAUGGAGGUGAUCCUUACGCACCUCAAGAGCAUAAACUAAAGAGAGGUGUUGACAUUGUUGUUGGAACACCUGGUCGUAUCAAGGAUCAUAUCGAAAGGAGAAACCUUGACCUGACUUAUCUACAGUUCCGUGUUCUUGAUGAAGCUGAUGAGAUGCUGAGAAUGGGAUUCGUUGAUGAUGUUGAACUUAUCUUAGGGAAGGUUGAGGAUCCCAAGAAAGUCCAGACGCUUCUCUUCAGUGCCACCUUGCCAGGAUGGGUUCAAAACAUUGCUGCUAGGUUUCUUAAACAAGAUAAGAAGACUAUUGAUCUUGUUGGUAAUGAUAAGAUGAAGGCUUCUAAUAGUGUUAGACACAUUGCUCUUCCCUGUAAUAAGCAAGCCAUGUCUCGUUUGAUUCCUGAUAUCAUCAGCUUAUACAGCAGUGGGGGUAGUACUAUCAUUUUCACUGAGACUAAAGACCAAGCCUCUGAGCUUUCUGGUCUCUUGCCUGGUGCUAGAGCUUUGCAUGGUGACAUUCAACAAUCACAACGUGAGAUUACUAUGGCUGGAUUUAGAAAGGGAAAGUUCUCUACAUUGGUUGCUACAAACGUCGCCGCUCGUGGUCUAGAUAUCAAUGACGUGCAGCUAAUCAUCCAGUGUGAGCCUCCACGUGAUGUUGAAGACUACAUCCACCGUUCAGGCAGAACAGGAAGAGCUGGCAACACUGGAGUUGCGGUCAUGCUGUACGACUCUAGAAAAUCCGGCGUGUCCAGGAUCGAAAAGCAAGCCGGAAUCAAAUUCGAGCACGUUUCUGCGCCGCAGCCUAAUGAUAUCGCCAGAGCUGUUGGCAUGGAAGCAGCCGAGAAGAUCACGCAGGUCUGUGACAGUGUGGUUCCUGCUUUUAUGGCUGCUGCCAAAGAGCUCUUGGAAAGCUCCGGUGUAUCAGCAGAAGUCCUCCUCGCUAAAGCACUUGCAAAAACCGCGGGUUUCACUGAGAUAAAGAAAAGGUCGCUUUUAACAUCGAUGGAGAAUCAUGUCACGUUGCUUUUUGAAGCAGGGAAACCUAUUUACACUCCAUCAUUUGUAUGUGGUGUACUGAAGAGAAUCUUACCGGAUGACAGGGCUAAUUCGAUCGAAGGGUUGACUCUAACAGCAGAUGGACAAGCUGCUGUGUUCGAUGUUGCGCAGUCGGAUGUAGACCAGUUCAUUGCAGCUGCGCGGAAGAAUGCGAGUGUGAGCUUGGAGGUUGUCAAGGAGUUGCCUAAGCUUCAAGAGAGGGAGCCUGCGCAGAGAAGAUUUGGCCGCCCGGGUGGUGGUGGCCAAGGGUUUAAUAAUCGUGGCAGAGGAGGUAGUAGAUUUGGUCGUGGUGGUGGUCGUGGCCAGAGAUGGUGAAAAACUUCUUAACACAACAACACCUAAUCAAAAAACUCUUUUACAAUUUCUACUUUAUAAUAGUGUUUUAUGUGUGUUAUGAACAACUUAAGAGGGAAGGUAAGCGCUCUUGUGUGUGUUUCCUUUCAGUUUUGUGUAAUUUUGAUGACAAUGAUGAUACAAUUUCUCAAUAUAGAGGUAUUGAUUUUUCUA